AUGCUGCCUCUUUGCGGGAACCCAAAAGAACCUCCUCGACAGCGUAAACCUACUCACAGUACGUCCCUAAAUGCAUCCACAUCUCUAUCCACACCUCUAUCUAUGCCUACCUACACCAGACGCUACACUCGAAUAACAACCAAAACUGACAACCUCAACUUCUACCAGCUCUACACACCCGAAGGAUCCUCCCCCACUGCAUCAACAUCCACAUCAAUAUCCCCAGCCCACACCUUCUACUCCGUCCACGUAAUGUCCUACUGCCAAGGAACCCUCGGCCCCGUCCCCGCCGGCGCAACGGACCUCUACUCCUCCCGCAACGUUACGGACUGCUCCAACAGGACGAUUCUCUUCGCCUUCAAUCCGACAGCAGCCUGGCCGACGGAGAUCACGCAUGGACCCGCGUUGGAGUGGCCGCGGGUGAUCAGCGAUGAUUUCCAUGCGUUUCAGAUGACCAGUCGGGCGAUGGCGGUGUUGUAUAUUAUUGGUGUCGGGGCUGUAGGGACGGUGUUGUUGGUCAAGGGAGUUUCGGUGGCGAUGCCCAAGACUCAGUACGGUCUCUUGGAGUUUGGGUUUUUGGUGCUCGGCUCCCUGAGUAUAAGCAUCGCAUCAAUCAUCGCCACGGUCCUUGCUUUUGAAUUCGUGGCACUCAUCAACGCACACGGCGAUGGAUCCUAUGUCUCCGCCCGCUACGGUGAUAAAUUCCUCGGAAUGACCUGGGCAUCGACAGGACUGUUGUUGGUGGGCACUUUGGCCAGUUUCAUGAACGUGUUUAUUCGGGGCGCGUAUGUACCGGAGGCACCCGUGCUAGCAAAGGAUGAGGAGGAGGGUUGA